AUGUCGGUUAUAGUUUCUAUUCCGGCGUUUCCCAAUCUCAAAGAAGAGCGAGAUAUUCUUCUCUUUUUGCCACUUUACACUACUAUCUUGGCACGAGGGAGCACCCAACCACUGCCAAUAACGGACAACUUGGUUGAUCCACUUGCACUUUCCCUCCGAUAUCUUCCCAAAACUCAAAAUUCACUGGAAAAUGUUCUGACAGCAAUCAUGAACUUUUCAAACCGAAUCAACCAAGACACCCGUCUUACUGUGCCGGUUUUGAAAGUGCUUGAAAUGGUUGACCCGUCGAAGUGUGGCGGGGAUGACCAAUUUGACACGGACGUCAUUGUACUAUCCAUUGCAGCCAAUUGUUUGUUUGAGUUGAAGAAAACUGCACAAGCUGUCGCCACGAGCAAAUUUGUAUUUAAGUGGGCUGAGCGAUUUACGAGCCUUGGGGAAGAAAAAGACGAGAAAGUUGUGAAGGGGUAUUUGGCAUUAGUGUUAUGUGGAGUUGCAUAUGUGAGUAAAAAUGUUGGAAAAACUAUUCAAGUUGAAUGGGAUGAAGUUUUAAGAAUUUUGGAGGAAUUUGCGGCGUUCCAAAAGAAUUGUGGAGCUCUUGACGAGAUUGGACAAAGAAGAUUAGUUGACGCAAUGGACGUAAUAGAGGAAAUCCAAAACGAAAAGAAUGAAGAAAAAGGAAAAGAGAAAAGUGAACAUAAGAUGGAAAUUAGCGAAGAAAAAAGUGAUCAAAGAGAUGAAAAAAGAUUGAAAGUGGAGGAAGAAAAUAAGGGAAAAGAAAGAAAAUUGCAAAGAAGGAUGUCGUUUGAUUCACUCACAUUAAACGAGAUCGACUGUUACUAA